AUGAAGAUUCACCUACAGUCAAAGCUAAUAUUAUUAUCGAUAGUAGCAUGUAGCUAUGGGGAUAAAUUAGAUAGAACAUAUCUUCCACCGGCAAAUGCAGGCUCUGCUGGUGGUAGUCCGGGAGCUUUAACAGCUCCAGGCUUGUCGAAUUUCGGGACGACAGGACCAGCCAAACAACCAUUUGGACAGCCUUCCAGACCUUAUUCUUUCGGUCAAGGUAAUCAACAAACGCCAGGCAAGCAAGAGUCAGGAUCUUUGAAUUUCGAAUCAAACCGGCCAUUUGGACUUACGUCUGGAUCUGGCGCAAGGAAACCCAGCCCGGUGUAUGGACCUGCUGACAGCAGACCAAACCAAGGAUAUAAUGGCUUAAUUUCUGGUUUUGGACCAAGUAAUUCUCAAGGUAACCAGCCACAAUCUUUGGAAUCGAAUACCCCCAAUGAAUUGGGUCAGCAAUAUUUUGGUAAUUCAUUUGGACCCAAUUCUGCUUCACCCUCUGGAUACAGCCAGAUAAACGGGCAAAACUUUGUAGGAAGUUCUUCACGACCUGAAUCUGAACGCCCUCAGGCGGCUGCUGAUAGGAACGCUGAAAUCCUCAAAUAUGUCAACGAAAACGACGGGGACAGAUUUACUUACAGCUUUGAAACAUCUAACGGAAUAACUGCUGAGGAAACAGGCGUAGCGUCUGGUGGUGUUAAAGCUCAAGGAGGUUAUUCAUAUACUGGUGAUGAUGGAAAAGCUUACACUAUUACGUAUACUGCUGAUGAACAAGGUUACCAACCACAAGGAGAACAUUUACCCACACCGCCCCCAAUUCCUGAAGAAAUAUUGAGGUCGAUAGAAAAAAAUGCACAAGCUGCCGCAGCUGGCACACAAGAAGGUGCUUACCGUCCAGAAGAUUAUGAAAACGAAGAUAAUUCCCAAGGUUAUUCAGGCACCACUUCUAUAAACAAGCCUCAGGGACAAGACCAGUUCUCAUCUCAACAAUACACCGCUCCAAUUGAUAAACCAGCAAGUUCUCAAAUCGGAUUUCAACAAACAAAACCUCAAUUCCAAAAUGUACCGACAAGUGAGACUAGUUACAAGGAUAGACUCACAAAUGGAGGAUCGAGUUUUGAACCGAUUAGGGCUUCCAAUCAGAAUGCAGGAUCAAUUAACCAAGCUCAGUCAGAGAGAAGACCUGGCUACCAGUACUCUCGCCCUCAGAACACACAGGACACUAAACAAGCUUUUGGUAGCCAGCCCGACCAAUCUCGUCCCCAGUUUGGAUCCCCAAUCCCUUCAAACUCUCCAUUUUCAAAAUCUGGAAAUGGACAGGCAUUAAACCCUUUCAACGGUGCCUCCAGACCCGAGUCUCAAAGCAUACCAAGUGGGCAAGACUAUUUCAAACCUAGUCAAGUGUCACAAUAUCAACAAUCUGGUUUUAAGCCCACUUCAAACCAACCAGGUCAGGGAUUUCAGUCCGAAAUAUCUCCAGGUCAGAAUUACAAACAAGAGUCUUCAGGUUAUCAGUAUCAACCAGGAAAUUCAGGUUUUGGUGUAACAACGCGACCAAGUUUCCCUAAUCAGCCCAGUUUUCAAAACUUAGACCAGGAUGCUACACCUCAGGGCGGAAGUCAAUAUCAAACCAACCCGUCCAACAACUUUUCGAACAGACCUUCAUCAAACCAACCAGGUCAGGGACCUCAGUCUAAAUUAUCUUCAGCGCAAAAUUACAACCAACAGUCUUCAGGCUAUCAGUAUCAACCAGCAAAUUCAGGUUUUGGGGUCACAGCACGGCCAAGUUUCCCUAAUCAGCCUCAAGGCGGAAAUCAAUAUAAAACCAACCCGUCAAACAAAUUUUCGAACAGACCUUUAAACCAACAGUAUCAACAAAACACCCAAGAUAUAACACUUUCCCCAAACGGUUUCAAUAGACCUAAUGGCGCACCUCAAAAUCAAGUUUCAGUGACUUCAAACAACUUGCCUGUAGUCCCUAACUCUAUUGCGAAACAAACCGCACCAAUUCAAGCACCAUACCAGUACCAACGGCCAUCUCAACCCUUCAACCAAAAUCAGGUGUCGCAAAAUGGUUUCAGGCAACCAGCAAGCCAAGGCCAGAUACCAUCUGGUGCCAAUAAACCUGCAUUUGGUUCACCACAAACUAGUUAUAACCAGCCAAUUCAAAGCCAGGGCCCAUUGCAAUCUAGUUUCAAUCAGAAUCCAGGUCAAAGCCAGACUAACCCUUCUCAAAUUCAAGGAUCGUCCUCUGGUUUCAACAGACCAAUCCAAGAUCAAGGAUCAAAACCGGUAUUUCCAUCUGCGAACCAACCAGAACAGUUCAGUGGACCUCGUCAACCACCAAGCUAUAACCCAGAGGAAGGCUACAAAUACUAG